CAUGUCUGGCAACCCACCCUGUCAAAUCCUCGGCACACACUACCUGUGACCGUGCUGGAAGUCGCACCCUAAACUUAGCGUCUUUGCACCUGACAGGAGCGCAACUGCGGGCAAACCAUGGCAGGAAAAAGGGCGUUAGUGAUCCUGUCUAAAGGCGCGGAGGAGAUGGAGACUGUUAUCCCCGUGGACAUCAUGCGCAGAGCCGGGAUUUCAGUGACGGUUGCAGGUCUUGCGGGUAAAGAGCCGGUCCAGUGCAGCAGAAACGUCGUCAUCUGUCCCGACGCUAGCCUGGAGGAUGCCAGCAAACAGGGCCCUUAUGAUGUGGUGCUUCUGCCAGGAGGGAUGCCAGGGGCCCAGAAUUUGGCAGAGUCUCCUGCUGUGAAGGAGGUGCUGAAGGAUCAAGAUGGCAGAAAGGGCCUGAUUGCAGCCAUCUGUGCAGGUCCCACGGCUCUUCUGGCACAUGGCAUUGGCUACGGCAGCACGGUCACUACACACCCCGGCAUGAAGGAGAAGAUGAUGGCUGGAGACCACUAUAAAUAUUCAGAGGCUCGAGUACAGAAGGAUGGACAUUACAUCACCAGCCGUGGGCCAGGAACCAGUUUUGAAUUUGCCUUGACGAUUGUAGAGGAACUUAUGGGGGCUGAGGUUGCAGCUCAAGUCAAGGCUCCGCUUAUUAUGAAAGACUGACUGCAGCCAUGUUUUACCUAUGAUCCUGCAUAACAGCACUUCCCUGCUAUACAAGCCUGGUACUACUGACAACAAAUCCAACUUAGCCAGCACCAAGAAUCAAAGUGACUCAAGACAAGUCUGUUCUGACCGAUUAUUGUCUUCCUUUGUGUUUCUUAGUUACUAAUAAAACAUACUUUGUGACUGAAACACAAUGUGGAUAAUCAAUAGGCACGCACACGAACUUACUCUCUCUUACUUUCUCAUCAUUUUUGACUGCUUAUUGUGUCACCUGUGAAUAAAAGAUGAGUGUGACAAAAGUCAUCUUGUGUUACUAUACCCUGCCAAAACAUUAGGCCAUGAUUGUUAUGUUAAAACAGCACGAGUGUGGCAAUUGAACUGUAUGAUCUGAAAUAAAAACACAAGUGAUAUUUA